GUAGCCUGACUCAAGCUAUUACAGUCUAACAGCAGUGACCAAUAGAAAGGGGAGAUCCAAGAAAGCUGAGGACAGGAAGCAAACACAGUGGUUAGCAGCCAAAGGCUGUAACAGCGAUUUCUAACUGGCUGCAGACAGCUCCAGGAACUUGACUAACAAGGCAAAUGAUGACUCUAAAAGUCUGUCCAAGUCUUUUGCUAUUAUUCUUAGUCCAUUCUGUGUGGACUCGAACUGUGAGACAAGUUUAUAAUGAGCUGGAUCCUGAGCAUUGGUCUCACUACACUUUUGAGUGUCCACAAGAGUGUUUUUGCCCUCCUAGUUUCCCCAAUGCAUUAUACUGUGAUAACAAAGGACUUAAAGAAAUACCUGCAAUCCCAGCAAGAAUUUGGUACCUCUAUCUUCAAAACAACCUGAUUGAAACAAUUUCAGAGAAGCCUUUUGUUAAUGCCACUCAUUUGAGAUGGAUAAAUCUGAACAAGAAUAAAAUCACCAACAAUGGAAUUGAGAGUGGUGUGCUCAGCAAGCUGAAAAGGCUGUUGUACUUAUUCCUUGAAGAUAAUGAGUUGGAAGAGGUGCCAGCUCCAUUACCGGUGGGCUUGGAACAGCUAAGGCUGGCUAGAAACAAAAUCUCCAGAAUCCCAGAAGGAGUCUUCAGCAAUUUGGAAAAUCUCACUAUGUUAGAUCUGCACCAGAAUAAUUUGUUGGACAGCGCUCUUCAAAGUGACACCUUCCAAGGACUCAACAGUCUUAUGCAACUCAACAUAGCGAAAAAUUCCCUCAAAAAGAUGCCUUUAAGCAUUCCAGCUAACACACUGCAGCUGUUUUUAGACAACAACUCCAUUGAAGUCAUACCAGAAAACUACUUCAGUGCAAUACCCAAAGUGACUUUCCUUAGGCUGAACUACAAUAAAUUAUCUGAUGAUGGCAUUCCCCCAAAUGGGUUUAAUGUUUCAUCUAUUCUAGACCUACAGCUGUCUCAUAACCAGCUCACUAAAAUUCCACCGAUCAAUGCUCAUCUCGAGCACCUUCACCUUGAUCACAACAGAAUCAAAAGUGUCAAUGGUACUCAGAUAUGCCCAGUCUCAAUUGCUGUAGCAGAAGACUAUGGUCUUUAUGGUAACAUCCCUCGCCUUCGUUAUCUUCGCUUGGAUGGAAAUGAAAUUCAGCCUCCAAUUCCUUUGGACAUCAUGAUAUGUUUCCAGCUACUUCAGGCUGUUGUCAUAUAAAAAUAAUGCAACAUCAUAUAAACAUAAUGCAUAAAACACUCUUGUGCUGUGAGAAUGCUAAGAUACAAGUUUUGCUGGAAUGAAACUUGUUUUGACUAAGAAACCAAGAAGUAACAGUUUUAUUUUGACUCUGUUCUUUGCUUGCAUCUUUUCUACGGCUGAAAAGAUUGUUCUUUUAGAAGAAAUUUUGAAUCUACAUAAAACAUACUUAAUACUUGACCUAAGAAUUCCUAAUGCAAAUAUGUAGAAAAUUGUCAGUUUUAAUUUCCCAAAUAUUCCAAAGCAAAUUCUUAUCUACUCUAUCUUGUCAAAUUCUACAAUAUUUAUCCUAUUUAUAUCAUUGCUUUAGACAAGUUUUAUCUCCAUGUAUUUGUUAACUAGUAACUAGCAUAAAGAAUUUAGGUGCACUCAGCUAAAUACUUGUUAGAGAAAUCGUGUAACAUGAAUACUAGUUAAUGAGAACUGACAGUCUUUUUUAACUGCCUAACACUUAUCAGCCAUUUCAUAUGCAAAUAACUCAUAAACUGUUGUCGCCCUGACUGAUAACAAUAUUUUUAAAACAUGAAGCGUGUGAGACUCAGGGUCCAAAGCAAUAUAAUGAGUAUAUAUUGUUUGACAGACUCAUUCAGUGUAUGAUUUCAAAAUUGAAACUGGAAAAGGGAAUACAGGAUGAAAUCUUGCUCUAUCAAAGGGCCAAUUUUCUGCUGUUUCAUUCUUCAGUAUUACAUUUCUAAUUUUGACUCCAUUUCUUCCUUCAGCUUUGGGAUGGCCAUUUAGUAUUUGGUUCCUACUUUGUUUCUACAGAGACAAAACCAAGAAAAGUAAUGAUAAACUAUUUCACAGAGUAGGUGUUUUACAGAAAUUAGAAGGACAAGUUAAUAUAUUAGUGAUAAGCAUAAAUUUAAGAAUUUAAGAAUUUAAGAGAGAAAACCCUCCCUCCUCCAACUAACCAUAACUUAUUUACUGAACUAGACAAAUAUUUUCAUAGGAAGUGUAUCAGUUGAAGCAUAUACAACAAACUCAGGGCAGUAUUUAGCUAUCUGCUGACUCAUACAGAUACACAUAACUCUGGACUCUAGAGAUGUCCAGUUAUUUAGAUUUCAAUAGCUAACAAUCAAUAUAUUAGCAGGCAUCUUUAUAUGAAACCUGGUUGAUUUUGAUUUUUUUGUUGUUUGGUUGUUUGUUUCUUUUUGUUUUGUUUAGUAAAAUAAUACUGGGAUUUCAAUACAAAACUCAAAUAAUUUAGUCAAUUAUUCACUCUAUUCACUGUUAAUUUUUGUUAUUUCUGAUAGCCAGCAAAACGAACUAUCCAUCAGUCAUAUUAUUUUAUUUUUCUUGUAUUUGUAGAUAGAAGCAAUUAGUUGAACCCAUUUCUAACACUUUAAGACUGGCCUCAGUAACAAUCAAUUUAAACUAUAUAUGUGGUCUUUUUUUCUUUGAAGAUGAACCAUUUUCUUAACAGCAGAUCUUUAAAAGCAUUGAGAUUUUCAUCUUCUAACCUUCAGUCUCGUAUUGUUUGAAAAUCAGGACUUAUGCUCCCUUGCACUUAUGGAUAUAACCUAGUAUAGAAGCCCAGUAUAGAAUUAACUUAUUCAGAAAUCCUGUUGUGAAAACCUUUAUUAUCGCAGUUCAUUUUAUAUGAUUGCUGGAAAAUUUUAGCAAAAUGUUUUCUGUACCUCUACAUUCAUUCUAUAUGAAAAAAAUACAGAUCUAAAGUCUCUCCAGUAUGUAUGCAUGUUUACCUAUGUUCUUUAGUAAUAACAUAGUAAUUUAUUUUUUGAAAAAGAAACAAUUUUGGGGACAGUACUACUAAUUAAAUUAUAAUGAUCAUCAUCUGCUUGUACUUGGAAAUGAGUUUCUACUUACAACAAAGAGAAAAUAGUCUAGUGUAGAUAUUCAUGGGUACGUAUGUACAUUGUCAACUCUUCUAAUUUAUGAUAUUGCAAAGUAUCCUUAGGCUCAAGCCAGGGAAUCUGACAUUUUAGGCACUAUGUAUAUACUAAAAAAAGAGUAACUGUUCCCAGUGAGAUGUCAAGAUUAACUGUUAGAAGUAAAUAGAUACAAGGACAGGAGAACAUCAAGGUAGUCAGCUUUCUUGAUAGGGAUAUAAUGUGCUCUUUAAUGAAAUCACUGUUAAUGGUUGCUUUCAAUCAGCUGGGCUGAUAUCAGUAGGUUUUUUUCCAAUCUGUGACAUAUGACUGUAGGGUGAAUAGACUUAUGAAUUAGUUCUUCAAAGGUCAGUACUAUUUUGGAACAAUCAUUUUACACAUGGAGAUUGAUCCUAAGUGCCUGUCCUUCUCAAAACCCAGUUAAUUUCAGUGAAGACAAAAGUUCAUGAUAUCUCCUUGGAAGAACAUUUACUGGGUUGAAGAGCUCCUGCUGCCAACUGCUGUGUCCUACACCUUUGAUACAUACAGCUGAUUUUGCAUCUGAGAACUGUUUAAUGAAAAGAAAAUCAUAAAUAUC